AUGGUGAGCAAAACAAACAAAUACUUAACCUCAAUUCUUGUGAUAUUGAUCAGCUUAUACUACCGUCCUAUCUCCGCCACGCAACAUGGCCGGGCCCAUUUCGUGUUGGUUCAUGGAGCCGGCCAUGGGGCUUGGUGUUGGUAUAAACUCAUACCAAUCUUGAAAUCUCAAGGCCAUAACGUAACUGCGGUCAACUUAGCGGCGUCCGGGAUCGAUCUACGACAGGCUGAGACUCUACGGUCUGUUGCGGAGUAUAUUGGGCCCUUGAUGGGCCUAAUGGAGAGUCUAGGUGAGGAUGAGAAGGUGAUUCUCGUGGCACAUAGUUUGGGUGGGCUUGCUAUUUCUAAGGCCAUGGAGAUGUUCUACAAAAAGGUUCAUAUGGCUAUUUUCGUCACUGCCCUAAUGCCUGGUCCGACCUUCAAUUUCACUUUGCUUUCUCAAGGGUUGGUGAGGUGGCAAGCUCCACAACUGGAUUUGAAGUUUGUGUUUGGAGAUGGGCCUAAUAAAUCUCCUACACUUUCCAUUGGAGGCCCACUUUUUAUUUCAUUGACUAUGUAUGACCGUAGUCCUAAAGAGGACGUAGAAUUAGCGGCGUUAUUGGUACGGCCACAACGGUUAUUCAGCAACGCAGAUAUAGAUACAAGUCUUGUACUCACGCCGGAGAGAUUCGGGUCGGUAAAUCGGAUCUUUGUCGUGUCCGAGAAAGACAAGUCAUUAGUGAAAGAGUUUCAGCUCUGGAUGAUCAAGAACAACCCUCCUAACCACGUGGAGCAUAUCCAGAAUUCUGAUCAUAUGGUCAUGAUUUCUAGGCCGCUAGAUCUUGGUGCCUGUCUAUUGUCUUCGGCUAAGAAGUUCGCUUGA